GGGACAUAGUUGGAAGAAGAAAACACUCCAACAAUUUCAAAUAAACGGAAAAAAUCCCAAAAUACACAUGUUUUUUAAAAGAAUUCUCUAAAUAGUUGGAAGAAGAAAACACUCCAACAAUUUCAACCGCAGUGAAUGCAUUUGGCGGGACAGACGAAAGCGGUGAAUGCAUCACUACGGUUGACGGCCGCGGUGAAUGCAUCAUUGCGGUUGACGACCGCGGUGAAUGCCUGACCUAACACUGAAAUUUCAAACGAACGCAACUUUGCGCUCGGUUAUCCGAUUCUAGCAAAUUUUUUUUGAUUCCACAUAACUUUUCAAGAUCUUUCAAUCUGCAAUAAGCCUUCAUCCCAAAAAAUUGUCGUUUGCUACCCCGAAUGAGCAAUUUUUUUAUUUCACAAAACUUUGGAAGGCCAUAACUUUUUUCUCCUCGAUCCGAACGUCAAUUUUUUUUUAGAUUGCGCAUAACUUCUUAAGAACUACAAAUUUUACUAGGAAUUUAAAAAAAAAAAAUCUUGGGUAUACGGGAUUUUGGGAAUGAUUUUGACUUUACUUUUCACAAAUCCAUAUACAUUCCAAAAUUAUGGUUAUGAUCAAAGUUGUAGUUCUUCAAAAGUUAUGCGAAUUCAAAAAAGUUUCAUGAUAUUCGGAUUCCGGAGCACAAAGUUAUGGUCUUCCAAAGUUUGUCGAAAUCUAAAAAUUGCUCGUUCGGGGUAGCAAACGACAUUUUUUUGGAAUGAAUGCUUUUUGAAGACUGAAAUAUCUUGAAAAAUUAUGUGGAAUGAAAAAAAUUCGCUACAAAUCGAAUAACCGAGCGCAAAGUUACGAUCGUUUGAACUUUCAGUGUUAGGUCGGUCAUUCACCGCGACCGUCACACCAAAAAACAAUGUUAACAAUCACACAUAAAACUUUAGAUAUUACUAUCACUCAUUUUGAGUGAUAGUUUCCAUCACAUCAAUCAAACAAUGCAUGUAUAGUUUAUAGAGAAAAUUAAAAAAAAAAAAAGAAGCAUUGUGGACUGUGGACAAUACAUGCAUUGUAAGUUGUCACUAUCCCAACCCAACAUUCACCAAAAUCAAAUGAAGGUGAUUUUAAUGAUUUUUUUUUGUGUGCAGAUGAGGCUGUUGUCAGGUCGGUUAUCGAUUUAAACCGACACAACCAUCGAUUUUUCUGUUCGCGGCUAACCUAACCAAAAUCGAAAACUGUCUGGUCGAUGGAGCGGUUAACCAAAGGUUUGUUUCGGUCGGCUAUGGGUGACGCUUUGCUUGUCUUUCGGCUAACCAAUAACUAAUAUAUCGAUUUUCUAUUAGAUCAAUAAUCGAUGUAUCGAUUCCCCAACAUAUCGCGUGGUUCGUUGUUCCUGUCCGGUUUGGUUUGCCCAACGGAGAGAAGAACGAACGAAAAAAAAAAAGAGAGUAUUAAUUGUGUUGGUGUUAUGCAGUUGAGAGUGGUUGGAUUUGCCGACGACGAUUAUGCUUCAGCUGAAUUCUCCUCGAUUCAUUCAUCCCUCCCCCGUUUUUGGCUGUGGAAUCGAAAAACCAGAAAAUAAAACGGAAAUUACAAAAAAAUAUAAAAACCCACCACCACGAGGGCAAAACGAACACAGCCAGUAGGACGAUUAUUCCGAAGCCUCUUCUUCUUCAUCUUCCCCCUCGUUCCCUCCGCCCUCGCCAUUAAAAUCACCUCCUCCUUCCUCCUCUCCGCCACCAUUCCUUCUCCUUCCAUCCAACUAACCCUUUUCUCUCGGGAGAAAGCGAGACAAUGGCGUCUGCUUUCUCUGCUACUGCCAAGUUCGCGCAGCCUCUCCCUCUCAACACCACUUCCUCCGCUAGAUCUCAAGACAAGCUCUCUCCCCCAGCUCUCUUCGACCCCUUCCGCACCUCUUCCUCCGCCGCCACUUCUCCCUUCCUCGGAUCUACUCGCCAAUUGCUAUGCAAAUCCAACAGACCCCUUUCCCACCGCCGAUCCUCCUCUUCCUCCGCCGUCGUCGCCAUCUCCGACGUCAAGCAAAAGAAGCCCAAGUCUAGCUCCAAUCUGUUGAUUACUAAAGAAGAGGGGUUGGAGCUGUAUGAAGAUAUGGUGUUGGGCAGAUCAUUUGAGGACAUGUGUGCCCAGAUGUACUACAGAGGCAAAAUGUUUGGCUUUGUCCAUCUCUACAAUGGGCAAGAAGCUGUCUCCACUGGGUUCAUCAAGCUACUGACCAAAGAUGACUCGGUGGUCAGCACUUACAGAGACCAUGUCCAUGCAUUGAGCAAAGGUGUCCCUGCUCGUGCUGUGAUGAGCGAGCUCUUUGGCAAGACAACCGGCUGCUGCCGUGGCCAAGGUGGAUCGAUGCACAUGUUCUCCAAAGAACACAACGUGCUUGGUGGGUUUGCCUUUAUUGGCGAAGGGAUUCCCGUAGCAACUGGUGCAGCUUUCACCUCCAAGUAUAAGAGGGAGGUUCUCAAGGAGCCCAACAGCGAUCACGUCACUUUGGCCUUCUUUGGGGAUGGAACCUGCAACAAUGGCCAGUUCUUUGAGUGUCUGAACAUGGCUGCACUGUGGAAGCUUCCCAUUGUGUUUGUUGUGGAGAAUAACUUGUGGGCGAUUGGGAUGUCCCACUUGAGGGCAACUUCUGAUCCCCAGAUUUAUAAGAAGGGACCUGCGUUCGGGAUGCCGGGCGUUCAUGUUGAUGGAAUGGAUGUUUUGAAGGUUAGGGAAGUGGCUAAAGAGGCGAUUGGAAGGGCUAGGAGGGGAGAAGGCCCGACCUUGGUGGAGUGUGAGACUUACAGGUUCAGAGGACACUCCUUGGCUGAUCCAGAUGAGCUUCGUGACCCAGCUGAGAAAGCUCACUAUGCAGCUAGAGAUCCCAUCUCACAGUUGAAGACAUACAUGUUCGAGAACAAACUCGUGAACGAAUCCGAGCUGAAGGCAAUCGACAAGAAGAUAGAUGAGCUGGUGGAGGAAGCUGUCGAAUUUGCAGACGAGAGCCCUGUUCCGGAUCGCAGCCAGCUGCUGGAGAAUGUGUUUGCUGAUCCGAAGGGCUUUGGAAUAGGGCCUGAUGGGCGGUACAGAUGUGAGGACCCCAAGUUCACCCAAGGAACAGCUCAGGUCUAAGAUGAGAGACUGCCUCAGGAGUUAGGGUUAUAAUAUAGCUAACGAGCAGUUGAGUGUGGUGCUCUCUUUCUCUGUUUUUCUUUGUUUAAUUUAUGAUAUGGUUGUGUUCUUCUGAAUCGAGAACAGGGUAAUGUUAUUUGCUGUUUAGUUUCUUUCCCCCCUUCCUUCUUCCAUUUUAAAAUUUUAACGGAAUAAUUGCUGUAUACUUUG